AAACCAAAACUGAAAGUAUUUUUGUUUAGGAUCCAUUUUGUGUAACAGAGCUUAAGAGUUUUUGCAGAAAGAGUGACUAAAGUGAGUAUUUCUCCACCAUCCUGCCAGAUUCGAGGUUUUCCCUGUAAAGGGUUAAAAUGCAUCAUAAGGUCACCACUGCUUCUAAAAUUAGUCUCUGUGGGAAGAAUGAGCUAAACACUGGAGCUGUCGGGGUUCAUCAGGGGAGACCCGACUCCCCAGUACCCAGCUGUCUGUCUAUGAAGAGUGACAGGUCCAUGGGUCCACCUAUACAUUUUAGGAAGGGAGACUCAUCUCAACCAUGGUGUGUGUCCAUGGAGAGUGAAAAGUCUAUGAAUCAGUCAAUCAACUUCAGGGAGGGAGAAAUUUCUACUGAACUAUGGGUUCAUCAGGAGAGACCAGACUCCCCUGUACCCAGUUGUCUAUCUAUGAAGAGUGACUGGUCUAUGGAUCAUCCAAACAGCUUCAGGAAGGAAGACAUUUCUACUGAACUACGUAUGGAUAAUGUUGGAGAUUUCAGGGUGAAGUCAGCACCAAAAGAAUCUCAAACUCUUCAGAGGAUCCAACAAGACAUUAAGACUAAACUAAAACAGAGAUAUGAAAUAUUAUUUGAAGGAAUCGGACUGCACGAAAACCAAACUCUCUUAAACAACAUCUACACAGACCUCUACAUUACAGAGGGUGAAAGUGGAGAGGUCAAUAAACAACAUGAGGUGAGACAGAUCGAGAUGGCAUCCAAGAGACAAACCACAUCAGAGACACCAAUCACUUGCAAUGACAUUUUCAAGCCAAGACAACAACAUGAGAUGCAAUAUUGGAGCCCGGCUCUCUUGAUCAGAAAAACAACAUCUAUAUCAUUGAACCAUGAAAACAUGUUCUCAGACAGGACUAGAUCAUCACAAGAGCAUGAGUCAAAAUCACCUCUGGUCCAUUUACAUGGUCACGACAAACAUAUCAAAAAGAAAGGUUUGAGGAACUUGACUAAAGGAAUCGCUGGUAUUGGAAAAACAGUCUCUGUGCAGAAGGUCAUCCUUGACUGGGCAGAAGGAAAAGUGAAUCAGGAAAUUGAUUUCAUAUUUCCUAUUCCUUUCCGUGAUUUAAACAUGAAAAAGGACCAAUGUAGUCUAAUGCAACUUCUUACUCACUACUUCCCAGAGCUAAAAGAGAUUGAUAGAAUUGAAAAUGGUUUAACCAAAACUGUUUUUAUUUUUGAUGGUCUGGAUGAGUGUCGACUUCCUCUAGACUUUAAAAACAAUAAGAAGUGCUGUGAUGUCACAGAACCAACCUCAGUGGACGUUUUGCUGACAAACCUUAUUGAGGGGAAUCUGCUUCCAUCUGCUCUCCUCUGGAUAACCACACGACCUGCAGCAGCCAAUCGGAUCCCUCCUGAGUGUGUUGACCAGGUGUCAGAGAUACGAGGGUUCAAUGAGCAACAGAAAGAGGAAUACUUCAGGAAGAAAAUUGCAGACCAGAAUCUGGCAAAUGAAAUCAUCAACCACAUAAAAACAUCCAGAAGCCUCCACAUCAUGUGUCACAUACCAGUCUUCUGUUGGAUAUCAGCCACUGUCCUUGAGUUGAUGCUGAAAGAAGCAGAGGAAGAUGAAAUCCCCAAAACUUUGACUCAAAUGUACGAACAUUUCCUACUCAUUCAAACCAGUAUGAAAAACAAAAAGUACAACAAAUCCAUAGAAACAAAUCCAAAGGAACUGUCUCAGUCAGACAAAGACAUGAUCCUGAAGUUGUCAAAGCUGGCUUUCCAACAGCUUCAGAAGGGCAACCUGGUCUUCUAUGAAAAGGACCUGAGAGAGUGUGGCAUUGAUGUCUCAGAGGCAUCAGAGUACUCAGCACUGUGUACAGAGAUUUUUAAAGAAGAAUCUGGGCUUUACCAAGAGAAGGUCUUUAGCUUUGUUCAUCUUAGCAUUCAGGAGUUUCUAGCAGCAGUACAUGCUCUAGAAUCUUGUCUGGGCAAAGAAGAAGAGGUUUGUCCCCGAACAGUAAUCACUAAGUCUCCAUUCCAACAUGAUGAUGGUGAUGGUUUAGUCAGACAUUCCUUAUUCCACCAUUAUGAUGAAAAUGAUGAAGUGAGAAAUUCAGACAAGUUAUCAGUCUUGUACAGCAGCGCAGUAGACAAAGCCUUGAAAAGUGAGAACGGACACCUGGACCUGUUUCUCCGCUUCCUUCUCGGUCUCUCGCUGGAGUCCAAUCAGAAUCUUUUACAAGGCCUUCUGACACGGACAGGAAGUACAACACAAAAUAAUGAAGAAACAGUUAAGAGAACAGUAGAGUAUCUUUCACAGAUGAUCAAGAUGGAAUCCUCACCAGAAAGGAUCAUCAACUUGUUCCACUGUCUGACUGAAAUUGGUGCCAACUCUCUAGUUGAAGAAAUGCAGACCUCCCUGCAAUCAGGUACUCUUUCUGAAACAGAGCUUGAACCUCACCAAUGUUCAGCUCUGGCCUACCUGUUACUGAUGUCAGAAGAGGUACUGGAAGAGUUUGACAUGAAGACAUACAAAACAUCAGAGGAAGGUCACCGGAGGUUGCUGCCGGUAGUGAAAACCUGCAAGAGAGCAAUACUGUCAGGUUGUAGAAUCACUGAGGAAGGCUGUGUUUCUCUGGUCUCAGUUCUGAAAUCAAACCCCUCACAUUUGAAAGAGCUGGAUCUGAGCUACAAUCAUCCAGAGAUUUAUGGAGUGAAUAAGCUCUCUGAUUUACUGAAGGAUCCACAAUGUAGACUGCAGACUCUGAGACUGUCACAUUGUGGAAUCACUGAGGAAGGCUGUGCUUCUCUGGUCUCAGCUCUGAAGUUAAACCCCUCACACCUGAAAGAACUGGAUCUGAGUAACAACAAUUUGAAGGAUAAGGGAGUGGAGAAACUCUCUGCUUUGCUGAAGAAACCACAGUGUAAACUGGAGAUUCUGAGGUUGUCAGGCUGUCUGGUGACAGAGGAAGGCUGUGCUUCUCUGGUCUCUGCUCUGAAGUCAAACCCCUCACAUCUGAAAAAAAUUGAUCUGAGUAACAAUGACCUGAGGGAUACAGGGGUUAAGUGUCUCUCUGCUAUUUUGGAGGAUCCACAAUGUAGACUGGAGACUCUGAGGCUGUCAGGCUGUCUGGUCACAGAGGAAGGCUGUGGUUCUCUGGUCUCAGCUCUGAAGACAAACCCCUCACACCUGAAAGAGAUUAAUCUGACCUACAAUCACCCUGGAGACUUGGGAGUCAGACUGCUCUCUGCUGGACUGGAGGAUCCACACUGGAGACUGGAGGAACUCCAUGUGGAUCAUGGUGGAGAG